UCCAGCUACAGAGAAUUAAAAGAGAGACAGACUGGACCAUAGUUCACAACUCCUCCUUUCACUACAUUAGUGAGGGAUUACGAACCCUUGAGAACAUCGGUCUUGUCUGGUCCUCUCUUUCCUUUACUUACUCCAUUCACCACCAGGACUAGGUCCCAAGACCAAUAACAAAGUUUGAAGGGUUUCAUAUUAUAUUUCACAUAGCAGCUGAGCAACAAAGUCAAGAUAAAGUCCCAUUCUUUUUCCUUGCCCCAGGUUAAUUUGUUUGAGGGGUGAUAAAAAAUGAACCAAGAGAUGAAUGGUGUUGAUACCGAGAUUGAUCAGAACCACCAAGAGACUGUGCAAGAGAAAAUCGAUUAUGUGUUUAAGGUGGUGGUGAUCGGUGACUCUGCAGUAGGCAAGACGCAAGUUCUUUCCAGGUUUACUAAGAAUGAAUUCUGCUUUGAUUCAAAGUCUACCAUCGGUGUCGAGUUCCAGACUAGGACUGUCAUCAUUAAAGACAAGGUCAUCAAGGCUCAGAUCUGGGAUACUGCUGGCCAAGAAAGGUACCGGGCAGUGACAAGCGCAUACUAUAGAGGGGCAUUGGGGGCUAUGUUAGUCUACGACGUUACCAAGAGACCAACGUUUGAUCACGUGGCUAGGUGGGUGGAGGAGCUCCGAGCCCAUGCUGACAACUCAAUUGUGAUCAUGCUGAUUGGAAACAAGGCUGAUCUUGCGGACCUCAGGGCAGUUCCAACAGAAGACGCGGUGGAAUUUGCAGAGGAUCAAGGCCUUUUUUUUUCUGAGACAUCAGCCCUUAGUGGUGACAAUGUGGACGGUGCAUUUUUCAGGCUGCUAGAAGAAAUUUACGGUGUGAUUUGUAAGAAGUCAUUGGAAUGUGCCACUGGAAAUCCCCAUGCUGCUGAUGCCAUAACGCUUAGAGGUUCUAAGAUUGAUGGCAUAUCAGGGACCGAUCUGGAGAUUAGUGAGAUGAAGAAAUUAUCUGCUUGCUCGUGUUGAUUUGAUCAUUUUUCUAGUGAAUUGUGUACUACAAGACUUUACCACUCCAAGUUCUUGAUUGAUUCUGUGGCUUUCGGAAAGUGAUCGGUAGUGUGGUAAGGGUGGCAAGUGUUUUCUUUUCUGUGACCUGUCAAGAUUUUCGCGGUAUUGUACUUGUCUUACAGAACCCAGGAAUUUGGUUUUUUAUAUGUAUUGAUUGGGAUGGAUGGUUUUCCUUUUCCUUCA